UCCAUUUAUUAAUAUAAAAAACAUUUACAGAAGUUUCCUUAUGGUUAUCUCGGAUUUUGUAUAUUUCUCCAGCUUUUAAUAAUACUACACAUAAUGGAUUUAGCGGAUCGCACUUCACCAAUUUUCCCCAUCACGCCGAUAACCAUCAAAGAUUGCACCUUCAGUUCUGAAUGCAGCAACAGUGAUAUAGAACCAGAUGAUAAUAAAACCCUGACACCCUUAUUACGUCGCUUGAAUACCGUCCAAAAUAUAUUAACACCAAAAUCGUUACUACGCGCCAGAUCUCCAGCAACCACACCAACGGUCAUCAAUGGUUUUCUAGCGCCACCACAAUUGCAGCAACACUGCAGUAAGUCGCCACAGCGUCGUGGCUCACCGCUGGCCGGUUUUCGACGUUUACGUUCGCCACGCACUUCCAAUGGCCCGAGCACUGGUAGAGUCUCAUCUCCACGUCUGGAGGUGCCAAUGUUGUGUGAUUUAACGGCAUCCAAUAAUAGUUGUCGUAAUAGUAAAAACACUUCAACUGUUACAAAUUUAGCUGCACGUCGUCGUUGCCGUCAAUUGGGCUUAAAGGAGUUGCAACGUCGUUACGCAGCGCCGUUUGAAGUGCAUGUUGUGCGGAAACCAAUAAGUCCGCGUGUCGAUUAUCUGUUACGGUGUGUGGGUAUGAUACAAUAUCGUUCGAUAUUUCAAACGGAAGAAGUGGAUUUUGUAGUGUUUCGCACGCUAAGCGAUCAAGAUUUGCAAACGCUGGGUAUUGGCGAUGUGGGUGAUCGUGAAGAGAUUUUAAAAGCUGUGGUGUUGGCGGAUGUGCUCAUACGGGAUUGGGUGUAGGGGCAUCGAUUGUAAUUGUGAUUUUGUUAAUUUGUAAGCUUCUUUUUUUUUCUAGAAUGUAAGUAAAUAAAUAUUA